AUGAAAUACUUGGCUGCUUACCUAUUGUUGAACGCUGCUGGUUCCACCCCAAACUCUGACAACGUCAAGGCCGUCUUGGAGUCUGUUGGCAUCGAAAUCGAAGAAGACAAGAUCUCCACCCUUUUGUCCUCCUUGGAAGGUAAGAACGUCGAUGAAUUGAUCGCUGAAGGUAACGAGAAAUUGGCUGCUGUCCCAACUGCUGGUCCAGCUGCUGGUGCCGGUGCUGCUGCAUCCGGAUCCGCUGCCGAGGGUGCUGCUGAAGAGGCUGCCGAGGAAGAGAAGGAAGAAUCCGACGACGACAUGGGUUUCGGCCUAUUUGACUAA